CGUCGCAUCGAUGUGUAUAAAUAGGAAACAACCAUUUGGUUGAGGUUCGUUUCGAUUUGGUCUUCUUUCCUCUCACCAAAUUAAAAAACAAAAAAGAAAAAAAAAGCAAAGCUCUCUCUCUCUCUCUUGUUCACGCACAUCAAAAAAGCCACCAAAAAAAAACAAAAAACCGAAACGCAUGCAUUUCUAAUUUUCCAUCUUCCUCUUUAACUUCCUCUUCUCCUCUCCAUCAUCAUCAUCUCUAAACAUCUCUCCAUUCUUCAAUGGCCGUUGAUGCUCACAAUCUCUUCCUCUCUCCUCCUCAACUCUUCUCCAACAGAGAGUUCAUGAUGAACAAUAACACCACUAUGGAACCAACCAGUGGCGGUUUCUGCAAUAAUAAUCAAACCAUUUACGGCGUCGUUUCACCUUUCCCCGUUACCGACGAUACAACAACGCCUCCUCAUCUUCAUAUGUACGGCUGCGGCGGCGGCGCUGAUACUACUAUUCCGACCACCGCAGAUUACUACGCCGUCGAUGGUACUACUACUUCUACUACUAAUCUCGACUGUGAUUUCUUCCCUCUACCGUCGAGAAAACGCUCCAGAGAUACUUCUUCUACCAGAUCGAAUUAUUAUCAUCAUCAUCAUCAUCUUCUUCUUCUUCAGAACCAGAGAUCAUCAACAUCAUCAUGCGUUAACACUGCAACCAGUACAACUCCGUUUUCGUUUCUUGGCCAAGACAUUGAUAUAUCUUCUCACAUGAAUCAGCAACAACACGAGAUCGAUAGAUUCGUCUCCCUUCAUAUGGAGAGAGUGAAGUAUGAGAUAGAAGAGAAGAGGAAGAGACAGGCGAGGAUGAUCAUGGAGGCAAUAGAGCAAGGACUCGCCAAAAGGCUUCGAGUCAAAGAAGAAGAAAGAGAGAGGAUCGUCAAGGUUAACCACGCUCUUGAGGAGCGCGUGAAGUCACUUUCCAUCGAGAACCAAAUCUGGAGAGACCUUGCUCAGACCAACGAAGCCACCGCAAACCACCUCCGUACCAACCUCGACCAGGUUCUCGCGCAGGUUAAUGACCUACGCUGCGCAGGAGGAUCGGAUGCUGAUAAUAAUAAUAAUAAUAACGAAGAGGACGAUGCGGAGUCGUGCUGCGGGAGCACUACUAAGGCGGCGAAGACGGAGGAAGAGGGGAGGAGGAAGUUGUUGUGUAGGAACUGUGGGGAGGAGGAAUCGUGUGUGUUGCUGUUACCGUGCAGACACUUGUGCUUGUGUGGAGUAUGCGGGUCCAGUGUCCACACGUGUCCCAUCUGUACAUCUCCUAAAAACGCUAGCGUUCAUGUUAACAUGUCAUCUUCUUGACCUGACCCCCCUUCUUUUUUUUUUGUUAAAUGGAAAUUAGUUUUAUUUCAUUUUUUCUAUUUUGAAAAACAAAUUGUAAGGAUA